GAUCCUUGAGGCAGCAGUCAGUCCAGCGAGGAAAACGCACAGGAGGAAUACAAGUGUUAUUCCUCGAAUGGGAUUUAAUUACCACUGAAACUCUUCUGAUCGCUUUGAAUGUUUUCAUACACAUUAUAUCUGACCUCCAUCUGAUCGGGUUUUUAUUACAGAUCCAGAAGAAAUUUUCUUCACAAAGAGGACACACAUGACUUGUAUAGCACUGGGUUUACGAUGAGAAGUUUCCUUGAAACCAGUUUCAACUAAUGAGCUUAUGCCAUCUUGAUGACUACAUUGUGUAAAAUGCAGGCAAUUAAGAAAGAGCCCUAUGGUGGAGAGGAUGCCCUGAUGCUGGCUGUUGCUUUGCAAGGGGCAGACAGGGAUCUUAUUGACCACAAGCUGUCCACCCUGCCCUUUAAGUCCAAGUCUAUCACCUGUCGCAGAAAACGUGAAUUCAUCCCAGAUGAGAAGAAAGACAUCCUAUACUGGGAGAGAAGGCGCAAAAACAAUGAAGCAGCGAAGCGCUCGCGUGAAAAGCGCCGGCUCAAUGAUAUGGUGUUGGAGAACAAGCUCAUGGCCCUAGGUGAAGAGAAUGCAUCACUGAAAGCCGAGCUGCUGUCACUGAAACUCAAAUUUGGCCUAGUGAGCUCAGCAGCUUACACCCAGGAGGUGCAGGAAAUUUCAAGUUCCACUGCUGCACUCUACAAGGAUUUUGUCAUGCCAAGUGCCACCAAGGGUUCCUACCCAAGAGAACUGGAGCCAGUGCGACUGAGUAGCAGUUGCAUUUCGGUGAUUAAGCACUCACCUCACAGCUUUAUGUCUGAUGUGUCCGACGCAAGUGCGGUGACCCAGGGGAGCCCACUUAUAAAUAUUUCCAGAACUCCCGAUAUCAUCAAACAAGAACCCCUGGAAACUGGCAGUUAUGCAAAAGACAGGACCAGUCCAUAUGAACUGUACAGAAAUGACCUUAGUAGCCCUUUUCCUGGAAGCUUCUCCCAACCAUCUCCAUUCUUGCAACUUACCAGAUCAUCUAGCAAUUCACCACGAACGUCUGAUGGCGAUGAUGGUGCCAUAAGCAAGUCUUCGGAUGGAGAGGAUGAACAGCAGGUCCCAAAAGGUCCAGUUCCAUCCAGGGUUAACACAAAAAGUGUGAUAGUCUCGACCCUCAAAGUGCCGGAUGCCAGCGCAUCAGCUUUGCCCCACAAAUUGAGGAUCAAAGCACGGGCCAUCCAGAUCAAAGUGGAGGCUAUUGAUCCUGACUACGAAUCAAUGGGCAAGUCCUCCUCUCCCUCUGACAUGUCUGCAAGUGGAUUGUACCAAAUGGGACGGUUCGCUAAACCUGAGUACAUUCAAUCAUCUCUUAGCCCAUUGUCUUUGCAGGUGAACAAUGUUCAUGACUGGAACCACCAGCCUAAGGAAUGGAACAAAGAUCACCGGGAGACACCAGCUAACUGCAAACACCGGCUUUGUCCGGACUCACCAGGACCUAUUCCUAAAAAACGAAUUGUUGACCUUCAAAGCGACUCCAAUACUAACUCUGACUCUAAGAACUUGCACUUGAAACAGGGCAUUGCCGGUCUUUCAGCAGAAGUGGCCUCCUUGAAAAGACUGAUUACAAAACAGCAGGGGUCUGUAAUUGAGUCCAUCAAAAGCACUACUGAAUUUGACUCUGUAUCGAAAGGAUGUUUCUCUAACUGAGUUUCCUCUAUUUGCACAACGGCUGUUUUCCACUGUGUUUGCUACUGCAUUGUGCGGUUGUUAUGGUGUCAAAAGUUGCACUUCAUUGAGAAGAAUGUGUUUUUUGCACUUACUGUUGUAGUUUGGCGUGUCUUCUUGAUGACUCCAUUUGUAGCCAAGAAGCCAAAAAUGUGGCUACUGUUCAUGCAAAAUUAAUGUUAACUUUUAAAAUGUAUUGUACUUUGUUUUUUUUUUUUUGGUUUUGUUUUUGUUUUUUUUACAAUAAAUGUACAUAAGCACUGAAUUAUUUUUGUCUUUUU